UGCUUUGUGAAACAGGAAGUGCCGCGGCGGUUCUCCGGAAGUCGCGGGUUCAUGGACGCUGGAGAUGUUCUGUGUUUUGAGGAAGGUGUGCUGGAGGAGACCCAGCUCGCGCAGAGGCGUGUGCACGAGACACCCCGCGCCCGCGCCACGCGUCCGCUUCGCUCCGAGUCCCACAGGGUUUCUGCAUCUCGGGGGUCUGCGUACAGCGCUCUAUAACUACUUGUUCAGCAGACAGCACGGCGGGGCCUUCCUCCUGCGUCUGGAGGACACUGACCGGAGCCGGCUGGUCCCCGGAGCCGCAGACGAUAUAGAGGACAUGCUGGAGUGGGCAGGCAUCCCGCCGGACGAGAGCCGCCGCAGAGGAGGGGAUUAUGGGCCGUAUGUUCAGUCCGAGCGACUGCAGCUCUACUCACAGGCGGCGUCUACUCUCCUGCAGACGGGACACGCCUACUACUGCUUCUGCUCCAAUCAGAGGCUGGAUCUGCUGAAGAGAGACGCCCAGCGCAGCGGACAAGUGCCGCGUUAUGAUAACCGCUGUCGAGAGGUGCCGCCGGAGCAGGUGCAGCAAAAGCUGGCUCAGGGGAUUCCGUGUGUGAUCCGCUUCAAGCUGGACUCAGGUGCAGAGGUUUUCCAGGACCUGAUCUUUGGCUGGACACGGCACGAUCCGGCAGCAGCGGAGGGAGAUCCGGUCAUCCUGAAGGCUGACGGCUUCCCCACCUAUCACCUUGCUAGUGUGGUGGACGACCAUCACAUGAACAUCAGUCAUGUGCUGCGCGGCUCUGAGUGGCUGAUCUCCACCUCCAAACACCUGCAGCUGUUCCGCGCACUGCGCUGGACACCACCCGCUUACGCACACCUGCCACUGCUGCUCAACCGUGACGGCACUAAGCUGUCCAAGAGACAAGGAGACAUCUUCGUCCAGCGUUUCAGAGAGCAGGGUGUGCUGCCCGAGACCCUGCUGGACAUAGUCACUCACGCCGGAUCCGGCUUCAGAGAUAAUCGGAUCGGUCGGCGCCUGGAUGAAUUAGUUUGUGAGUUUAACAUUUCCAAGAUCACGACGCACUCUGCUCUGCUGGAUCUGGACAAACUAGACGAGUUCAACAGGGUUCAUCUGCAGCACAGGAUCGAGGAUGAGGAGCAGUGUGCUGUGCUGCUGGAUGAGCUGCGUCAGCAGGUUCUUCACACACACGGCUCUCGGAUCAGCGACCGCUCCGUCCUGGAGACACACUACAUGCAGAGAGUCCUGCAGCUGCGCAAGGGUCACAUCUGCUCGCUGCGAGAGCUACUCGAUCACACACAUACAUAUCUGUGGAUCCGGCCGAAAGUCACGCGUCAGCAGCUGCAGGAAGUGAGCACAGAGGUGGAUGACAUCACAGCAGCAGUCAUGCAGCUGGUGGCAUCCAGCGGCUCAUUCCUGUCCACAGAGCAUCUGAACUCUGAGCUCAAACUGAUCGCCAGCAGACUGAAGAACACCAAAUACAGCGGAGCCAUGAGAGUGCUGAGACUCGCUCUGAGUGCACAACAGCAGGGUCCCAGUGUGGCAGAGAUGAUGGUUUCUCUGGGGGAACAGGAAGUGUGUGUUCGUCUUCAGAAAGCUCUGGAACACUGAUAGCGUGACCUGAUGUGUUUAAUAAAGGGGAUGUAAAUACAGAUCUGUGGUCCGUGCUUUAAUCACAAGAGGAGCGAGUGUCUUAUGGUCACCUGAUGUUUCACAUCAAAAGGCAUCCAAUAAUAAGAAAUCUACUCUGUGUCUGUGAUACUUCAUUAAACUUAUAUUUUAAAGUCAA